AUGAAAAUUGAAAUCAUAGAGGACCCAUCCCGAAACAUGAAAAUCUCGAGCGAAACAAACGAAUUGAAAAAGGAAACAAAGGAUUUGACAACAACAACGACCAAAACGCAAACGACGAAUACAACAACUACGAAGCCAUCUUCAACAACGAGUUCAGCAACAACAAGUCCACUGACUUUUAACCCGUUGACGAGGGAAUUUACUCCGCUUGGCAUGGCACAUCAGAUGGAUCCUCACUUGACGCACUCGGCGGGAAUUAUGAUGAACCCUUAUCUUUAUCAACAGCUACAGACACAGAACCAACACCAUCAGUUUCAAUUACAGAUGUAUCAUCAGCAACUGCUUUCUCAAGCUGCUGGGCUUCACGAGAAGCCGAUGGAAGACUGUCAAAUAAUGGAAAGCUACAAGGAACCAAAACGACUUCACGUUUCAAAUAUUCCCUUCCGAUUUCGCGACUCUGAUCUGAGGGAGAUGUUUGGGAAAUUUGGGGAUAUUCACGACGUGGAAAUUAUUUUUAACGAAAGGGGAUCGAAGGGCUUUGGAUUUGUCACAUUCAUGGAUAAAUUUGAAGCAGAAGCGGCGAAGAAAGAACUCAAUGGGACCAUGGUAGAAGGUAGAAAAAUAGAAGUCAACGAUGCGACCGCACGCGUCCAGUCGAAGAAAAACACGCCUGCGGGCAAGCCAAUUCUAGGCAUGAAACCGAGAGCAUCGCUCAGACCCGUUUUACUGCCCCACUCGCCCAUGAAUAUGGGAGGUCUACCGGCACCUGCCGGGCUCUUACCGCAAAUACAUCCGCAAUCAUUUGUUUCUUACGACCCUGCCCAGAUUUAUCAACAACAAAUUGAGAACCAAGUUAUGGGUCGCUAUAUCCAAAUCCCCUCUUCAAUGCCAAUCAUGGAUCCCCGGGUAAACUUCGACUCAAGCGGCCAAGUGACCUAUCCCAACUUCGCCCAGUACGCGGUGAGUACCGUCCAGUAA